AUGAUUCCAAUAGGUUAUUCAAAGACGAUACAUCACUGGUGGCUACCAAACUCGGAAAUCAAGUACUCUUCAGACUCUUCUACACCAGCCUCUUAUCUGGACUUAAAAAUAAACCAGUAUGAACAACGUUCCACCAAGCGAUUAUCCUCUCUGCGACAAAAAUGUGAUGGCGCAGCCCAACCCGAACUUUUCGAACGUUUGAAUAGUUUACAGGCACGGUUGGAUCGUUUGUCUGGUGUAGAAAGAUCACCUCCAGUUUCGACUAAUGACCUUGUUUUGGUUAAUUGUCAUCCUGUGGAUUCAAACUCGAUAUCAGAUUUAGAAUUUAAUAACGCAGAACAGCUGGAGUCGGAAGUAUUCUACCUGAAGGUAGAACCAUUGAAACAGAGAAAACCUUACCUAACUGAAUCAGAUAUUGAAGAAUGCGUACAACUAUGUACACGUGACAGAGACGAAACAAUUGUCAGGGAAGUGGAUGGAAAGGUUAAGAUCGCAGCGCCAAUAGAAACUAUUAGAAAGUAUGUGUCUCAUUAUCUACAUUUGAAAGAUGAUGAUGGAUGGAAAUCAUUCAAAGGAGCUCUGAAGAAAGGCAAUGUAGAAACGAUCAUCCCUAUACCUAUUAAAGCGCUGGUAUGCGUGACAUCUCGUGGAACGGAAUGUGAUCUCACUGUCGGUCCAAACGGCACGGAGCAUCGUUUCACCUCUAACAAAGAUGUUCUGAUCCGUUUUCCAAAAGGAGCGGUUCAAACUAACCAAGUUAUCCAUGUGUCGCUAGAAUCGGCUGACCAAUCGGCAAUUCAGAAACUGAAAAGAAACGAACAUGAUUUGUCGAUUGUUGGAUUUACCGACAUCGUUCACAUUGAACACGAGGAGCCAUUUAAGAGAGAUAUUUGUGUUGAGCUACCGAUGAUGAUGAUCACUAAUGAUGAUAUCGCUGCUUGUGAUCUUAUUGCAAUCCAUUACGACGAUGACAAUAUCAUCAUUGAUCAAAAGGGAAAUAAGCUGAAAAAAGUUGGAAAAAAUAAGAUUAAACUCGAGACAUCUCUUUUCAGUAGGAAAAGUGUUGGCGCAAGGAAAAAAAGGCCAAAAGGAAAAACAAAGCAGUCGUCGGAAUCUAAAGAAAUCAGUACAAUAUAUGGCUAUAACCUACCCUGCAGCGUCCUGCUUUUUCUUGGAAAGGGGCCAACGGAUGAUUCUUGGAUGGUAUGGAUAGAAAUAUCUCCAGAGGAAUUUGUUGAUUAUAUCGUCCAUAAGCGAGUUACUGAAAACCGUUUAAUAGAGCCUCCGAACUGUAGAUCCCCAGGUAAAUGUAUCAAGAAGAAAGCUAGGAUACGCGUUCGUUUUAGCUCAGAAGGAUGUUUAAAAAUGUUUGUGGGUGUUCCAACAGAACAGACUAUUGUUUACCUUCCAGCAGCAAAACACAACUAUAUUUGUUUUCCUGUAAGUAAAACUGGGACCAGUGAAAUGGCAAUAUUGGAGUUCCAAUUAGGAACAAAGAAAAAAAGAAGUCACUUGCAUACUGCAUAUUUUCAGCCACACGAGUUUGAAACUUUGGAACCAGAAAAUGAACCAGCAGGUUUCUUCAGCAGUCAAAGCAUGUUGACGUUGGUGCAGCAUGUUAGCAUCGAUGACAUGCUGGGUUUGGCUACAGGAUUAGGCCUUUCCCUGACGAAGUAUCAAGACCUUCGCUUUAUACACGCUCACUCUGCUGAUGACUUUAAAAUGGCCGUAGUCGAUAAAUGGCUUAAAUCCAGUGCAAAUGACCCGGAAAAAGACCUCACACAACUAACAAACGCCUUGGCGAAUUGUGAUAUCAACAGGGUCGCUGAAAUAUGUAAAGUGGUGUUCAAGAAAGGGAGAGGACUAAAAAAAAGUGAUUUCAAAUAG